GACAAUAUCUCUGUUUCCGGCAACGUCUCGCUCGGUCGCCGCCUACAUAGCCCUCGCCCCCUCUACCGUCCUACGCUAUCAUUUUCGCCGCCGCUCAUUUAUUGGCCCGCCGCCGCCGUCGGUCGCCAUCGCUCCACCGGCCCCCCUCGCUGACCUUCGCUGCACAAUCCGGCCGAGAGACGUCUCUCUCCGGUGCGCGCGGUCAUAUACCCAAGUACCCAACUAUAGUAGGCGUGCAGUUACAGAGCGGGUAAGGAUGGCCGCGCUCGCUGCCCUGGUGCUUCUCCUGGCGGCGUGCGGCGGCGCCGAGGGGGACCCGCGGACGUCGGUGGCGGGGCAGGCGUGCGCGCCGGGCGGCGCGGUGUCGGGCCCGGCGCUGGCGGUCAACUUCGUGCCGGCGAUGGACGACCUCAACAGCAACGUCAGCGCCAACGGCUUCGGCACGUCGGCGGUGGGGUCAGCGGGGCCCAACGCCGUCUUCGGCCUCGGCCAGUGCCUCCGCGACCUCUCCCGCGUCGACUGCAAGCUCUGCUUCGCCGAGGUCAGGUCCCUCCUCCCCAAGUGCUACCCGCGCGCCGGCGGGAGGCUCUACCUCGACGGCUGCUUCGGCCGCUACGCCAACUACUCCUUCUUCGCCGAGGCCGUCGGUCCCGACGACGCCGUCAGGUGCGGCGGCGACGGGGCGGGCAACUACACCGGCCCAAGCCCGCGCGGGUUCGCCGACGCGGUGCGCGCCGCGCUCGCCAACGUCACCGCCGUCGCCGCGGCGCCGGGAGGCAACGGGUACGCGGUGGGCUCAGCGGCCGUCGGCGGCGCGGCGGCGUUCGCGCUCGCGCAGUGCUGGGGGAGCCUCAACGACACGGCCUGCGGCCAGUGCCUCCGCGCCGCGGCGGGCGCAGCGGCCGGGUGCGCGCCGGCGGCCACGGAGGGGCGCGCGCUCUACACCGGCUGCUACCUGCGCUACUCCACGCGGCUCUUCUGGAAUCUCAACGCCACAACUGGGUCGGGAUCAUCAAGAAACAAUGACGUUGUUUGGAUAGUGUUGGGUUCUAUCCUUGGUGCUUUUGUUAUUGUUUUGAUUAUUUUUCUGGCCUGGAAGAAGAAGAUAUUUAAGAACAAGAAAAGGUCCAAGUCAUUCAUAGAUAUUUAUGGAGAUGGAGUUCCUGUCAGAAUUGCACAAUCUAGUUUAAAUUUCAAAUAUGAAGAGUUAAAGAAAGCAACAAACUAUUUUGAUCCAGCAAACAAACUUGGUCAAGGGACCUACGGAGCAGUAUACAAGGCUGUUCUUUUGGAUGGAAAAGAAGUUGCUGUGAAGAGGCUAUUCUUAAAUAGAAGGGAGUGGGUUGAUCAGUUUUUCAAUGAAGUUGAACUCAUAAGUCAAGUUCGUCAUAAAAAUCUAGUAAAGCUGCUUGGUUGCAGCGUAAAUGGUCCAGAGAGCUUGCUUGUUUAUGAAUACUACUUCAACAAGAGCCUUGAUCUUUUUUUAUUUAAUGCAAGUCGUAGCAGACAUUUAACCUGGAAUUUGAGGGUUGAUAUAAUUCAAGGCAUAGCGGAGGGACUUUCUUAUCUCCAUGAGGAGUCAGAAACAAGGAUUAUCCACAGAGAUAUCAAAGCUAGUAAUAUUUUAUUAGAUGAUAAGUUCAAGCCCAAGAUAACGGAUUUUGGCCUUGCAAGAGCUUUUGCAGAGGACAGAACUCAUCUCACCACGGGUGUUGCUGGAACACUAGGCUACAUGGCUCCUGAAUAUUUGGCUCAUGGCCAUCUUACGGAGAAGGCUGAUGUCUACAGCUAUGGCAUUCUGGUUCUUGAGCUUGUAACAGGGCAAAGAUGUAGCGGUUCGAUUGGCUCACAUGGAGGUCACAUGUUGUUAACAAAGGUAUGGAACCACUACAAGAACAGCACGAUAGAAAUAAUCGCUGACCGGAGCAUGUAUGACGAUACUAUCAGGGAUGAGUUCAUUCAUGUCCUGCAGAUUGGACUGUCAUGCACCCAAGCGAACCCUGGCGACAGGCCUACAAUGACAAAGGUUGUAGAGUUGCUGAGAAGCCACAGGCAUGAUGUGGAGAUUAUCUUGAGUGACCCUCCAUUUUUGGAUGUCGAGGUCUUUGAGGACAUCAAAAAAGCUGAGCAGUCACGGUUGUUGUCCACGCAUUCUGCCCUUUCACUAUCAGGUUCAUCUCGGUCCUACCAAAGUGGAAGAUAAACUCACCUUCUGUCUUUUUAUUAAAAUUCCUAGGAAUAUAUCAGCACGAAUUAAAGCUUUGUGUGAUCCAAAGUUCUCGAUAUUAGUAGUGGAUACAAUCUUCAAAAAUGUUUUAUUGCCAUACUUGUACAUAGUUUACAAAUAGAUCCCUAUAUAGGUUUUCAGUCAUUUGCAGAUAUUUGUAAAUCUGUGAUGUGCUAAUGAAUGAACUCACAAAUGAAUAAUGAAGUUGGUGUUCUUGGCUUUGCUUUUAGGAAAAGAAGUAGAUGAAGAACCCAAUCUGGCUUAAUUUGUGUGUAAGAUAUUACUGUUAAAGUAGCAGAAGACUCGCAGCUAUACAUGGUGUCUUUGUUUCUGAAUAUCACUGUAGCUGUAUUUUGCCGAGACCGGCACACUCUGUUGUAUUGGUCCUAAACACACAGUUCAUUUGGAUGAACCGUGCGUUCUGCUGUAAGUGAUUCAACAAUGGAACAUGAAACCUUGCAGCAAACAAUCUCUGUUUUUUUUUUUUUGGCA